AUGACGUGACGUUCGAAUGUAUUUUGUAACCGAGGAGUGUAAUAUAUAACAGACUGCAGGCUAUUUGGUAGUUUUUUGUUGUUUUAAUACAUAUUACUAAACGAGGUGACUGAAGCCUAGAAACUGAAGUAAGCAAGCUUGCCAUCUGUGUUUCUGUGUUGCCGUAAUGCUGGAAUUAGAGAAAAAGAUGGGGAUGCACGUAACGUUAACGUCAGCUAGAUUGUUGUUCUUUCUACUCGUAGCGAGUAAUUUACAAGCAGGGAUGUUUAAAACUGUCCAACAAGCUUUGUUUUCAACGGGUCUUCAACUACCCAAAUCCGUACUUGGGGAGAGUAAGAGUCAAGACUAUGAGGUCCGAACUUAUCAGACAACAAAGUGGGUGAGCACCAGGGUGACUGGCCUGCAGUAUGAUUCGGCUCUCAGUACUGGCUUCAAGCGCCUCUUCCAAUACAUCCAGGGGAGCAAUGAGCCCAAGGAGAAGGUGGAGAUGACUGCCCCGGUGACUUGCCUGGUAGAUCCUGGAGCUGGCCCCGCGUGUGAGACCAACUUCACUGUGUCCUUCUACAUCCCAGAGCAGCACCAGGCCGACCCACCCAAGCCCACCGACCCGGAAGUGUUCAUCGAAGACAGGAAGCACACCGUGUUUGUGAGGACGUACGGGGGCUUCUCCAACGAGCAGAAGAGCCGAGAGCAGCUGCUGCAGCUGGUGGAGAGCCUGCAGAGAGACGGGCUGGCGUUCGAAGAGAAGCCCUACUACACUGCAGGCUACGACAGCCCCUUCAAACUGACCAACAGGCGCAACGAAGUGUGGCUUUUCAAGAAGCCUGACGCGUGACCACACUGCCAGUACCGUGGCUAGCAAGGUAGAGCUUGUGAGCACAAGUGCCUUUUACCGAGCGUGCUUAACCAUUCGUGUUUUUGUGUUUAUGUCCCCAGCAUUGCAGCUAAAGGGUUAAAACAAGUACAGUUUUUAAUACUGUGUUUACUAAAUGUCAAAUGCUUUUUUUAUAAGGUCAAGGAUAUCGUUACAGGUUUAGGAAGUGAAAUGUACUAGCCAAGAAACAUUUAUUGCAAAUAAUGCGAUCAUUGCAUAUCCUUAACAUUAUGAUCGUUAUUUCAAGUGCAUUCCACGGCUUUCUUGUUUAACGGGCGUAAAAUGACUGGUCAACUGAUCGGUUUGAUCCAUUUCCUUCUUGAGAUAAACAUCCUACAGAACACUAAAAAUGUGAAUAUGAAUGAAAAAAAUCUAACUUUUAAUGAAAGGGACUUUUAAUAACAUAACAUAAUGAUGAGAACAGGCCAUUCAGCCCAACGAUGCCUGCCAUUUUCCUGACUAAAUUACUGUUCUGAUUACCUACAAGCUAGAUAGUAUCCAACACUAUAUCAAGCCAAGUCUUGAAAAUCCCCAGAGUUUCUGCCUCUACUACAUGACAUGGGAGGCUAUUCCACACAUUGACUACUCUGUGGGUAAAAAUUAUUCCUAAUGUCUGUACGGAUGUCUAGUCCUGUCCUAACGGAUUGUGUCCUAAUGUCUAGUCUUCAAGUCUGUGAUGUAAAUGUGUCGGAAUGAGAAUGAUUAAACAGCUUUAAAAUGUUCAAUAAACUAAUUUGAAAUGAA